AUGAGUUUGUCGUGUGUACAUUUGGAAUCAGAUGUCUAUCUGGUGUGCCUCACUCAUGCUUUAUCGACAGAAAGAGAGGAAGUUAUGGGACUGUUAAUUGGCGAGAUCACUGAAGACAGAGUUGUAUAUUUGUCGUCAGUUAUCAUCCUUCGAAGGUCAGAUAAACAGCCAGAUCGGGUGGAAAUUUCACCAGAACAGCAGUCAGAUGCCUCUAUUAGAGCUGAGCAACUGGCCAAAGAGUUGAAUAGACCCCUCAGGGUGGUGGGCUGGUACCACUCUCACCCACACAUUACCGUCUGGCCUUCUCAUGUUGAUGUGAGAACUCAGGCAAGCUACCAGCAGAUGGAUAGUGGCUUUGUGGGGCUGAUCUUUUCUGUUUUCAACGAAGAUGCAACUAAACAAAAUAAAGUUCAAGUUAUCUGCUUUCAGUCGCGGGAGCUGCAUUCUCAAUUCCAGCAGGUUCAGGUGCCCUUGUUCAUCACCCCCAGCUACUCCAUCAGCCGAGCCUGCCUCAACUCUCUAGUGGACAUCCCCAAGAUACUGCUACAGGAAGAGGACGAGGCCUACGAGAAGGUGACCGAUGGCUCCCAGGACCUACUGACCCGCAUACACAAUGCUUCAGUUUACACAAAGUCAGUUUGCCAUGUCAUGGAAGUAAUCACAGGCCCCUUGAUACACAACCUAGAGUGCCGCCUGCAUGCCAACAAACUUCGUAUACAAGAGCUGAAAGAGGAGAAGCGACUGCUCACUCAGAAGCUCAAAGCUUAUGAGAAGAAAAAAAUUCAGCCAGUUUGA